AUGGACACCAUACAGCAAAACCGGCGGCACCUGGCGUCCAUGCCCUACACGAACUGCGACACGAGGAUUGUCGGCUUGAAAGAUCUCCACCUCCCCGAGACAGCAUCGGACGAGGAAUACCGCCAGAUCUACCUCCACUACAUCCAAGAUGCCGCCACAAAUCCGAACGCCUCUCUUCUACGGGACGCUAUCGAGUCGAUCCGGCACGGGAUCGCUCCACCAGUAGCAUUUCCCACGGAGACGGUGUACGGGCUCGGGGCCGACGCGACCAACGAAGCUGCCAUCUCCGGCAUCUUCGCAGCCAAAGGCCGACCCAGCGAUAACCCUCUGAUCGUGCAUGCCGCAUCCAUCGCACACUUGGAGCGACUCACAGGCGAACCUCUACCGGAGAUCUAUCGAGCGUUGGCCGAAAGAUUCUGGCCUGGCCCGUUGACCGUCUUGCUGCCUGUACCCAAGACCUCGCGAUUCGCCGCGAACGUCCAUCCCGGCCAACGGACGAUCGGGUUUCGCAUCCCGUCGUCCAAGUAUGCGCGGUUUUUCAUCGCUGCGACGGAUCGGCCUAUUGCUGGUCCUUCGGCAAAUUCGUCGGGGAAACCGUCGCCCACGACCGCGCAGCAUGUCUUUGAUGAUUUGAAGGGCAGAAUCAACUUCAUCCUCGACGCAGGACCUUGCGAUGUCGGCGUCGAAAGUAGUGUGGUUGAUGGGCUGCAUGAUCCGCCGCUGAUCUUACGGCCCGGUGGGGUGUCGCAGUCGGAAUUGAUUGCGCAUGGUCGCGAGGCUGGGAAUCGAUUUGCGUACACUGCUAUCGGGUACAAACGGCAUAAGACCAGUGACUCGCAAAACAGGAGCAAAGACAGCAACCAGGACAAGUAUGUUGUGGACGAUGUGGAUGCUGCCCCGCGCGCCCCUGGGAUGAAAUACAGACACUAUGCGCCGCGAGGUAGGCUUGUUCUGUUCACCGAAGCCGCUGUCGCUGCGGGCAAAGUCGAGGCGAAAUUCAACGACCUGGUCCGCACGUUCUUGAGCAGCCAAGGAAAAGACACAGCCGCAGUGAACGGGAAAGGAAAUGGACGGGUCAGAUUGAAUGUCGGCAUCAUCUCAUGCCACUGGUCCGCAUUCGCUGGCUUGCCUGUUUCCUCCAGGUCGCCAAUAUCACUCACGUCGUCAGUGGCCUCCGAAUCCAUUUACGCCCCGAUAACUUCGGUGGCGACAUAUACAUUUCCACCCGCUUUCUCAUCCUUGGACGAGGACCAAAGUAUUACAUUUGAAGAUGGUCGUCAAGCUCGAGUCGAGGUCCAAACUACGCUGUAUAACGUCCAGAUCGGCCCGACGAUCACAGACCUGGCGCAUUCCCUAUUUGGCGUAUUACGACUCUUCGAUGACCUUGACUGUGAUUUCAUCUUUGCUGAGACUGUCAGACGUGGAAGGGACGCGAUUGGAACCGGAGAAACAGAGAGGACCACGCAUGAGCGUGUGAUACCAGAUGCUGCAGCAAAUGGCAGCGCAGAUCCACAUGCGAACAAGCAACAUCAGGGACAUCAAGACUACCUCGCAGAAUCAAUCACCCAGGAUAUUGAAGACGCGGUCACUGACCGGAUCGAAAAAGCUGCGGCUGAGAGAGUCGACUUCUGA